GGCCUUCGCGUAUUUUCUUGGUCCCUGGAUCGCGUGUUGCAUCUCCAUUACCUGCACGGAUUCCCUUCAAAGCCUAACUUCACGCCAUCACACUCUCCACUCAAUGCUUCUGUAUCUCCCGGGACCUCUGCCCUCUGGUCGGCCCUGCAUCCAGGUACUAGCAGUGCCAAUGCCGGUAGUGAUAGCUUCGGCCCUGUCAAUGAGGCCAGUUCGACCGCAAUAAAAAGUGCCGCUUCAGCAAAUCAAACUGUCUCAUCGCCUUUUGGUAAUACAUCUGAGGCAGCAACUCGUACCUCAACGCCUUCGGGAGUCUGUCAAGCGGAAUCCCUGUCACAGACCACAGUCCGUGUCCACACAAGAGCCAUCAGUCUGCUUCCAAGUCUCUCGCGGCACAGUAGGCUAGCUGUGCCGAGAAUCGAGGCCGCUAGCAGGAUGCAGGAAAUGAAAAAUGAUAAAAUCGGACCGGAGUCUGCAGAAUCAGACGCACAGGUUUUUUAUUCUCUUGCUUUUUUACCACGCUGGUGA